GUCAGCCCGUGUUUGGGAUUGAAAAUGAUUGUUCUCUUUUACCGACAACUAUGACACAUCCAAGUAAGCUGUCAGUAUCGCUGUUUUACCUUGACUAUAUUUUGUUGUGCAUACUUGACGUAGUAGCGGCUUUAACAUUAUUCCUAUCAUCGCCAAGUUUUUGCCUUUAACAAUCGACGAUGCCAGGUCCGCCGCCUCCUCCACCUCCAAUGAUGGGUCUUCCAUCGAAUAAUUCUGGAGGUGACCAAGGCAGAAAUAUGUUGCUAGACUCCAUUAGGGCUGGAAAAACCUUAAAGAAGACUGUAACAGUGGACAAAAGUGGCCCAGCAAUUGCAGGCAGAGUAAAAGGGGAGACUUCUCGCACUAAUAGCAACAACAAUUCCAGUUCUAAUGGCAGCAGUGUUAAUAAUAAUAUUAAUACUGGUAAGGCUGUCCUCGGAGGAUUAUUUGCAGGAGGAAUGCCGAAGCUGAAACCAACUGGUCUUCGAGGAAAUGUUACGGAACGGGAUGGUAGCUCUAAUGUAUCGCAUAGUAGUAGUACAAAUUCAAACGCCAAAAGAGGUCCUCCACCUGUACCUCCACCAGCUACACAGAAACCCCAAAUAUUUCAGAGUGUAUCUGACUCGGCGCUAACCAGCCCCGAACCAUCGAAAGGGUUUGUGAAACCAUCUCUUGUGCCUAAGCCUCCCCCACCUCCAUUUGUCGCUCCACAGAAACCAUCUCCACCUCCAUUCAUGGCCCCACAGAAGCCGUCUCCACCUCCGAAGAAGAUAAAUCUUAGCAGUCUCCAUACACCUAGUGGAGGAGUAACGAGAGCCCAAAGCAUGAGAGUACCUCGGUCACCCCCAGUCCUGGCACCAAAUUUGUCGUCACUUCAUCAAUCCCAGGACUGUUUGAACGAUCCACCUCCACCCCCUCGGCCAACUCCUCGGCAUCCAAGACCACCUGUUACUCGACCACCACCUCCGCCUCCCUCGAGAGUAACUGCUGCUCCCAGUAUGCCGCCUCCUCCACCACCACCUCCGCAUAGAUCAGGAAAUACACAUCAACGACAUGCACCCCCACCUCCACCCACGCCUCCCAUGAGAGGCUCAUCUAUGAUGCGUAACGGCCAAACUUCAAGCUGGUUGGAUUUUAAAACGAGGUUCGCCGACGCGUUUCAUUCUGCUUCGACAUUUCCACCUCCGGAACCUUUCAAGGGAUUCCCAAAAGUCUACAAUAGCAGAAACGCAGCGAAACAACAGGCACCAGCUCCACCUCCAAUUACCUCCAACACAAUGCUCCAGCUAAAUUCGAGCCAUGGAGCCAGGCAAUGGCCGCAUGAUGCGGCAUCUUCGGCAUGUUAAAGAUUUUAUUCAAAUUAGUUAUUAAUAUAUCUAAUCUGACUAACGAGUGAUAGCAAGAUUUUUUUUAAAUAGGUAUGAUCUUCACUUAAUGUUACGUUACGUUACUGUCAUUACAAAUAUACACAAAUGUUUUUUACCAUUGAUCAUAAAUUCUCAACAGAGUCUAUACGAUAAACAGUGCUCUGAAUUUUAGCAAAUCUUCAAAACUAAUCGAUGAACUUAUAGAGAAAUAUUUGAUAAAUUUAUUGAAUUUGAAAACGAAAACUCAUUACUCAUUAGCUAUCAUUUAGUAAUGGUAAAAUUAUUUAUUAAAAACGCAGGCAUUCACUUUUCAGUCAAUGCAAUAAAGUAACUACUGUUUUUAGAAA